CUAGACUGUAGCCCUUAAUCGAAACCGUCCCCAACCCUUCUUCCUCCACGCUCUCGUCUCCGCCGCGCUAGGAACUUCCAACUCCCAAGCCCAGCCGCCUGCCUAGGGUUAAGGUCGCCCCUCCGCCCCCUCGCUCCGCUCGUGACCGGCAGGGUUCGUCGCCGCCGUUGGAUAUGUCGCGGACGCUGGUGCAGCCGGUGGGGCAGAAGCGCCUCACCAACGUGGCUGUGGUGCGGCUGCGCAAGCACGGCCAGCGCUUCGAGAUCGCCUGCUUCCCAAACAAGGUGCUCUCGUGGCGCUCCCGCGUCGAGAAGGACAUCGACGAGGUGCUCCAGUCCCACACCGUCUACUCCAACGUCUCCAAGGGCAUCCUCGCCAACUCCAAGGAACUCGCCAAGGCCUUCGGCACCGACGACCUUACCCAAAUCUGCAUCGAGAUUCUGGAGAAAGGGGAACUCCAGGUCUCCGGCAAGGAGAGGGAGGCGCAGCUCUCCAGCCAGUUCCGCGACAUCGCAACUAUUGUCAUGGAGAAGACCAUCAACCCAGAGACCCGCCGCCCCUACACCAUCACCAUGAUCGAGCGCCUCAUGCACGAGAUACACUUCGCCGUCGACCCAAACCUCACCUCCAAGGAACAGGCUCUAAAAGUUAUCAAGAAGCUCACAGAGCAUUUCCCCAUAAAGCGUGCACCGCUAAGGGUGCGGUUCACUGCACCAAAACCCAAUUUUCCAGGCCUUACGGAGAAGAUUGGCGGAUGGAAUGCUACCAUAAUUUCAAAGGAUGAAUUGAGCACUCAGCCUUCUAUUGUAUGCGAGAUCGAGCCAUCUCUUCUGCGCUCAUGUGAGGAGCGGUUGAAGGAUGUCCAAGGGAGGGUCGAAGUGCUGUCUGUCUCCACGCACGUAGAAAGUGGCCCAUCUGUGGAACAACACAACAGUGUGGAAGUGCCACACGCGGCUCCUGUAAAGGAACCUGAUGCUGUUGCUCAGAUAAGUGAGACCAUGCAGAAACAGAGCAUUUCUACUGAAAGCCAGGGCAAUGCACAAGGCAAGCAACAGAGAAGGUGCAAGGAGUGUGAUGUACUCGUGGAGGACAAGCUUUACAGAGAGCACUGCAAGAGUGGGUGGCACAAACACAACUACACACGCCACAAGAAUGGGCUCCCGCCUCUCAGCCAAGAGGAGUGUAUGGUGGAGAUGGAAUUGGCCGACUCCAAGAAAGACCUUAAAGACUACGAUUUCUGAUGAGGAUGGUUAACAAGGGGUGCACAGGGCAUGAAGUUGUUUCCAAUCCGUUUUUAUUUUAACGAGGAAGUGAGGAGUGAGGCACAUGGUCGUUUUCUGAUGCUGUAUAGGAAUUAUUAGAAUGAGAUGGUUUAGCCACAUCUUUGAACUGAGGGUAGAACCUGUCUGUCUGUGGAUUGCUUUGGCUUUGUAUCGUGGACGAGUGAACUUGGUAGUGGCAUUCCAAAUUCGACAUUCUAUGCGGGCUAGAAACUUCGCUUGUUUUAAUACUUAUCGGCAUCCUUUCUUUU